UGAGGCCCCGCCCACCUCCCCGGGUCCUUUGAUCACGCGCCCGCCGGCUCUUCCGGGGCCCGGGAGCCAACCCUGGGUGUUCCUGUCGGGGCUGCAGCGGCGGGAGGGAGCCCUGUGGAGGCACCCUCCCGAGGCACCACUGCCCAUGCUGACCACCCAGCCCUCCUGCUGCUGAUGUCAUGAGUAACACCACAGUGCCCAAUGCUCCCCAGGCCAACAGUGACUCCAUGGUGGGCUAUGUGUUGGGGCCUUUCUUCCUCAUCACCCUGGUCGGGGUGGUGGUGGCUGUGGUAAUGUAUGUGCAGAAGAAAAAGCGGGUGGACCGGCUCCGCCAUCACCUGCUACCCAUGUACAGCUACGACCCUGCUGAGGAGCUGCACGAGGCUGAGCAGGAGCUCCUCUCUGACGUGGGAGACCCUAAGGUUGUACAUGGCUGGCAGAGUGGCUACCAGCACAAGCGGAUGCCCUUGCUUGAUGUCAAGACAUGACCUGGUUCCAGGCCCUGACCUCCAGCCUCGAGAGUCCUACAGGCUCCUGUGGUCUUCACCCCACCCCACUGCUCCAUCAUCUUGCU